UCCCCACCAUGGCUAUGAGCAGUGACCCUGGAUGUGAGAGGCUGAACCCCUCUGACGAGCAGACCAGUAAUCUCACAGAUAGCAUGGCUGCCAUGACGACAAAAGACUCUGGCGGCUCAGCUACCAACGGCGUGAGGAACGACGGGGCUCAGCAAGACGGGGCUCAGGCAAAGAGGACUCAUCCGAUGCGGCCUCACCUGUCAGGGAGGAAAUUGUCGCUGCAGGAGAGAGGCACUUACCUGUCCUCAGGCCCUGGAAGAGGAUACACACACAUCUCACCUCGAGUGGCUCGCAGGCCCACAGUGGAGUCUAAACGUGUGUCUAUAUCAGACUCUCAGGACUGCAUCCAGUUGAACCAGUAUAAGCUGAAGAGUGAGAUUGGAAAGGGCUCCUACGGUGUGGUCAAACUCGCCUACAACGAGGAUGAUGACAAAAAUUAUGCUAUGAAAGUGGUGUCCAAGAAGAAGUUAAUGAAGCAGUGUGGUUUUCCACGUCGCCCACCCCCAAGAGGACCCAAGGCAGCCCAAGGAGAGCAGCCCAAAAUCUUAGGACCCCUGGAAAGGGUCUACCAAGAGAUUGCCAUCCUUAAAAAACUGGACCAUGUCAACAUUGUAAAGCUGGUGGAGGUGCUGGACGAUCCAGCGGAGGACAACCUUCACAUGGUGUUCGAGCUGAUGCCCAAAGGUCCAGUGAUGGAGGUGCCUGCAGAGAAUCCUUUGUCAGAGGAGCAGGCGAGGUUAUACUUCAGAGACGUCAUCCUGGGAAUCGAGUACUUGCACUACCAGAAGAUUGUCCACCGGGACAUCAAGCCCUCUAACUUGUUACUGGGAGAUGAUGGUCAUGUGAAGAUAGCAGACUUCGGGGUCAGCAACCAGUUUGAGGGCAACGACGCUAUGCUGUCCAGCACAGCUGGCACUCCUGCAUUUAUGGCCCCAGAGACCCUCUCAGACAAGCGCAAGAGCUUCAGUGGAAAAGCGUUGGAUGUUUGGGCCAUGGGAGUCACUCUCUACUGUUUUGUCUUCGGGAAGUGCCCAUUUAUCGACGAGUACAUAUUGGCCCUGCACAAUAAGAUAAGGACAAAGCCUGUGGAUUUCCAAGAAAUACCAAAGAUCAGUGAGGAGCUGAGGACUCUGAUUUUGCGGAUGCUGGAUAAGAACCCAGACACCAGGAUCACCCUCCCUGAGAUCAAGAUGGACCAGUGGGUGACCCAGGGAGGAACUGACCCCUUACCUCUGGAGGAGGAGCACUGCUCUGUGGUGGAGGUGACAGAGGAGGACAUCCAGAACUCAGUCAAGUUUGUUCCCAGUCUCUCUGCAGUGAUCUUGGUUAAAGCCAUGCUGAGAAAGCGCUCCUUCAGUAAUCCCUUUGAGUGCCCGAGUAGGAGAGAGGAGAGGUCCAUGUCUGCACCUGGCAGCCUGCUCAUAAAGGGCAGCACAGGAGAUGGACCCAGAGAAGGAGAGCUGGAGGACCUUCAUGAAGACGAGCCUUCAUGAGUCUUAACAACGCUCCGGUCAGCAGAGCUUUUGUCUUAAACUCCACCACGUCAUCCACAUUUUUUCCUUCAAACCAGUGACACACUACAAGCUUCUCGUUUUACACGCCCAAGAGACGCAAGGUUUUAAAUCACAUAUGUUGCUCAUGUUCAGACUUUUACACUCAGGCCUGUUUUUGUUUUUGCUUCCCGUUGGCCUCAGAGUGACCUCCUUCUCCUUCUCCUUCUCCAAUGUUGAAUUUCUGGGCACCGUGUUUGAUCCACAUCUGCUUAUCUUAACUGCUCAACCCGCUUGCUGUUGUGACUGGCAUCAGUGAACCGAUACAAGGAACUCCACUUGAUUUUAUGGAUCAUUAGAAGUUCAGAUUAAUGUUGCGGGAAAAAAGUGGAGAACAUGUUUUUCAGCUGGCUUUAAACUGAUGCAAAAAACCUCCUUUUCUUUUUUCUUUUUUUUUUGUUUAAACCUGUAUAUGCAUGGUGAAUAGUUACAUCUUCAAACUAUCACAGGAAGGGAAACAAAUGCCAUCUUCAAUAAUCACCACAGACUUCAGCAUGUAAAUGAAACUGUAUUGUCUCUUCAGUGAACUACAGGGCUUUAGAUUUUCUGUUGGACAUUUUAUUAUUGUACAUAGGUGUCUCGGGGUCGAAUCGUUGUUAUCGUCUCACAGUCCUAUUCUCGUGUCUGUGCCAUUUUUAAGCUUUUUUCUUUGUUUUGGAGUCUGUCCUGUGCUGCCUUCACAGUCUUCAGGCCCUGCUGGUUGAACUUCUCUUCUCUUCUGUUGGCGAUGACACACAGAAAGGGCAUCAACAUUGCUUCAACACAUUUCAAAAUGACUUUCUCCUCCUUUCCUGUGCUGUGAUGUGUAAUUAUUUCCAUGUUCGAAGUCAUUUCACGCUUCUUUUUCCCCACUCUGUUAUGAGUUGUUUUUAUAUCCUCUUACACUAUCCCUAUUCCUUUUAUAUCAUACUGUACUGUUUGACGUGAUGUGAAGUCAAUGUGACAGAAAUUGGAGCAUUUCAUUAGUGUAUGCUGUUUGAUGGCGAGGGUGAGCAGA